AUGCCUACUGCCGCGCUCGCCCGCCCCGCCUCCCUCCACCUCGCGUGCGCCAACCGCGACGAGACCGAGGACCGCGACACCUGGUCUCCUGACUCGUCCAACGCGUCCGAGAGCGACGAGGAGGACAAGGCCGUCGAGGACAAGCUGUCUGCCGACGUUGCCCGCCGCUCGCCAGAGAUUGCCCCCAAGCGUCUCCACCCCCUCAACACACAAGUCCGCUCGGCCACCUUCCCGCCCAAGUCGUCGCCGCUCUCUCCACUAGCUGGCGGUGCCGGCGUCGCUGGCAUGGCCCGCCCUCGCCCCCGUCCCCGCGGCCUCUCGCCCCUGUCGGCCGUCGACGGCGACAUCUGCAGCCCGCCCGCCGGCGUCCGCAGCUCGCUCCACAAGUCGCAGUCGCUCGCCCGCACCCUCUUCAACCGCCCAACGCAGAGCGCCUUUGGCACCGGCCCCACUGGCCUGCCCAAGAAGACGACCAAGCUCAUCGUGCCCACCAAGCCCUUCCGCACGACGUUUGUCCUUGGCCUCGAGCGCGACGAGCUUCAGCGUGGCAAGACUGUUGACGACUCGGUCCUUUCGUUUGACUAG